AACUAAGUUCCAGCAGAGCUCAUGGAGGAAGAACAGAUCACGCUGAUUCCCACUGAAUAAAAAAGCAGUGACUCCUGCUGCAGGAUGUGGAAGCUCCUCACCAUGGGGCUGCUGCUGGCUGCUUGCUCUUCAUGGGGCUUUGGCACCUCAAUAUUUUACAGCAGUAAAGAUGCAAACCAAGUCCUGAGAAUCCAGAAGCGGGCAAACACUUUCCUGGAGGAGCUCAAGCCAGGCUCAGUGGAGCGUGAGUGUGUUGAAGAGAUCUGUGAUUUUGAGGAGGCCAGUGAGAUAUUUGAAACCAGGGAAGCAACACAAAGUUUUUGGACCAAGUAUGUAGAUGGAGAUCAGUGUGAGAAACAGCCUUGUUCCAAUGGGAUCUGCAAGGACGAUAUUGGAAAAUUUUCCUGCAUCUGUAACAAAGGCUGGGAGGGGGUUUUGUGCAGCUAUGAGGUCAAAUACAGCAACUGUUCCGUGGAUAACGGGGGCUGUGAACAUUUCUGCAGGGAGGACCCCGCUGAGCAGCAUCGCUUGUGCAGCUGCGCAUCGGGGUAUCAGCUCAAGGAUGACCACACCAUGUGUGAGCCUGUAGUGGAGUUCCCCUGUGGAAGAGUGAAGUUUAGCUACAUUGAAGCCAAAGCAGACUUCAAUAUUCGGCUCAUUGAUGGAACAGCUGGAAGAAGGGGAGGCAGCCCUUGGCAGAUUAUGCUGCAAAAUACCAAAGGGAAGUUUCUGUGUGGGGGUGUUCUCAUCCAUCCAGCUUGGGUCCUAACAGCAGCACACUGCCUCGAGGAGCACAAGGGGUUCAGAGUUAAACUUGGUAAAUUCCGUUUCCGUCCUGAGGCAGAUGAGCAAACCAUUUGGAUUGAUAAAUGGGUGAUCCACGAAAAUUACACCAAGACGACCUCAGAUAAUGAUAUAGCCAUGCUGCACUUGGCUGAGCAUGUGAUGUAUUACAAAUACGCGCUCCCAAUCUGCCUUCCCACCCGCAACCUGGCAGAGCAGGAGCUGAUGAGGAGUGGGAAGCAGAUGGUGGUGACAGGCUGGGGCAGCACAAGCGAGCGUAACACCAGCUACGCCGCUUCCCUCAGGUACAUCGAAAUCCCCAUUGUGCCCCGGAACGAGUGUGCCCAGGCCAUGAGCUUCCCUAUCUCUGACAACAUGCUGUGUGCUGGGAGCCUGGGAGACAGGAAAGAUUCCUGCAGUGGGGACAGCGGAGGCCCUAUGUUCACUAGAUACAAGGAUACUUGGUUUUUGGUAGGACUGGUGAGCUGGGGUGAAGGCUGUGGAAGAAGGGAGAAAUUUGGAGUCUACACCAAAGUUAGUCAGUACCUUGAGUGGAUCCAGCAUCACAUAGAUAUGUCAGCUCCUUUGAAGGGUUGAUUCUGAUCCGGAGUCUGGAAGGUUGUGGCUCUGGGCUAGUGACAGUAUGCAGUGUAAUGUACUUUCAGAUCUUCAGUAUUAAAUAUUGAGUAUGU